CUCUUUUGUCUGCCCCUGGAUCCGUUGCCCGUCAAAUGCGGCAGCCGCUCCGGAGCUCCCCAGGUCGGGGCUGGGGAACCGCCAAACCGCUGAGCGCGCCCGGAGCUUCCGGGAAUCGGGAUCUACUUGGGGAGGAAGCAGGCGAGACCCGGACCCAGAACCGACGACAGGCUUUAAACCGGCUUCGGCUGGUCCCGAGUGUUUGGAUCCCCGUCCCGGACCGGUCUCGCCGCAACACGCAUUUACUUGUGCGCGCAAAGCAGCACUUUGCGCAACGCGACGCGUUUCCAAGGAAGGGCCGGGAGCGCCAAAACGGCGGGGAAACGGAUGCGAGGAUGGACGGCGGGGUGGGGAGAAGGGGCCAAGGUUGUUGGGCCGCUUGGGCUGACCCGGGUCCGGGUCUAGCUGGAUUCUGGACGGCAGGGAAUAAAAGCAGCGCGCCCGCUCAAACUUACCGGCUGCUCCUCCAUCCACCCGGGCGGCUCAGAAGUUUCCGAGCUGAGACGAAAGCAAAACAAGCCACCCGGCCGGAGGGCGGCCGCGCCUCCCUCUUCCUUCCCGCCGGCUGUCAGCCUCUCUUGCUUUCCCCGCCCCGCUCCUCCUCGGCUGCACCUGGGCGGGAGCGAGACUCCUGGGGCGCCGCUUUCUCUCGCGCUUUCCCCUCCCUUUGGCGCCGGACGGCACCCGACUCGCUGCCCAAACAGGCCGGCUCCGCACUCGCGCCCAGCGUAGGCCGGGGACGGGGAGAUGCCGGGCAGGCGGUCGUCGGGAGCCCAAGAUACUUCCAUUUUAAUCUUGGAUUGAUGUGCGUCCCCUGGUCAAAAAGUUCAUGGUCUUUUCACCAGGGUAUAUCACAGUCCAAAUCUGAAGAGCUCUGCCAGGUCAGGCUGAAGGCCCACCUAGUCGAGCAUCCUGUUCUCACAGUGGCCAAUCCUGCAAACAAGGACAUGAACACAACAGCCCUCUUGCUUCCAGUGAUUCCCAGCAACUAGUUCAACACCACCACCACCACUCAUAGACACUGACAGCCUGGGUGAGUUUCAACAGGAGUUGCUCCUGAGUAAGUCUGCAGAGGAGUAUAGCCAAACCAACUGAUUGUAUGCAUGCUCUUUUAACAGUGCUUACUACUGCCAUGUAAAUUUGUGUCGGGUUUUAGCAACGAUGGGGAACCAUAGGCCUGGGGUGGGGGGCAAAUGCAGCCCUACAUGCUUCUCUCUAGUGGGUGCUCAGGACUCUUCCCCAGGCAACACAUCCUUUCAAGCCACACCUUUCAGUUGCCCUUGCUUUGCACCCUCCUUGAAUGUUUUCGCCUUGCUGGAAUGUAAGGCUUGAACUCUGAUAAUGCCUCUUUCUUGCCUGCAUGGAGACAGAUGACUGAGUGUGAAGAAGUUUCGUGUACUGUACAAAGGCUAAAAUUUACAUUUCUCUCUCUCGCUCUGCCCACUUUUGCUUUAGGCCUUGCCUGCCAGUGACAUGAAGCCUCCUAAAGGCUGGUCAGAAGGGAAUGUGAUCCUUGAGCGAAAAAAACAUUUUCCCAGGCCCGGAUCACAGACUUGGCUGAAUGUACUCACCUGUGCAUUGCACUCAAUCAGGUCUGCACAACUCAAGAGCCAAGCAAGAGGAAGACCGCCUGUCAUGUGGCCAAUAAGUGGCCCUUUUAAAUAGUCCCGGGCAGAGAGCAAAAGCUGGAGUUGUUUGUCUGGUGGGCUGUAUUUGGCUUGGUGAGCCAUAAGUUGUGCAGGCCUGUGCUAGAGAAAGCUUGCUGCUGUGCCAUUCCUGUAUUAGGUCUACAGUUUUCUUGUGGGUAUGGGUGGGUGACUGAGGAGCUGUGGCUUAAUUUAAGUUUGGGUUCAGCUGGGGGAAGGAGAUGUAAAAGAGAACGGGGUUUGUUUUCUUUUAACAGCUGUACAAGAUUCUGAAUUUUUACAGGUGUUAGGGUAGGGAGCAAAGCUGACAUUUCUUCCUUGUUUAAAGUCACAGGAACUGUUUGCAUUGUGUCUGGUCAUCUUCAGCUCAAUAGCCAGGAGGGGCCCGUGGAUGCUGUUCUUGCGAAAAGCAGGCUUUUGAACUUGUGGCAUGAUAGCUUCCAUGUAAACAAAGAGAGCUUGUAUUUAGAACUGGAAUAUUUCUGGGUUGUUUUUUUUAAGCCACUGCUGUCUGAAGAUCAAUGGUUGUGCUCCGGACUCCACCCACCUGAGUCACCCAGCUCUGGGCACCCGUGACUCUACCUGGCUCCAAGGGGGAUUUUCCAGAUUUCUAUCUGCCUUCUCAUACUUAAGUCAUUC